CCCGGCCCGGCCCGGUCCCCGCAGCCGGCCGGCGCCGCGCUCCUCACCCGGCCGCUGUCUCUUUCCUCCCGCAGCGGCGUGGGGCUGGCGCGGGCGCACUUCGAGAAGCAGCCGCCUUCCAACCUCCGGAAGUCCAAUUUCUUCCACUUCGUGCUGGCGCUCUACGACAGGCAGGGGCAGCCGGUGGAGAUCGAAAGGACCGCUUUUGUGGACUUUGUGGAGAAAGAGAAAGAGCCCAACAACGAGAAAACCAACAACGGCAUCCACUAUAAACUCCAGUUGCUCUACAGCAACGGAGUCAGAACGGAGCAGGAUCUGUAUGUCCGCCUCAUAGAUUCAAUGACCAAACAGGCCAUCGUGUACGAGGGCCAGGACAAGAACCCGGAGAUGUGUCGCGUGCUGCUGACCCACGAGAUAAUGUGCAGCCGGUGCUGUGACAAGAAAAGUUGUGGCAACAGAAACGAAACGCCCUCAGACCCAGUAAUCAUUGACAGAUUCUUUCUAAAGUUUUUCCUCAAGUGCAAUCAGAACUGUUUGAAGAAUGCAGGCAACCCUCGAGAUAUGCGGAGAUUCCAGGUUGUUGUGUCGACAACAGUCAACGUGGACGGCCACGUGCUGGCCGUGUCCGACAACAUGUUUGUGCACAACAACUCCAAACACGGGCGGCGGGCCCGCCGCCUAGACCCGUCAGAAGGUACGGCCCCUUCUUAUCUGGAAAAUGCCACUCCGUGCAUCAAGGCCAUCAGCCCCAGCGAAGGCUGGACCACGGGGGGAGCCACCGUGAUCAUAAUCGGAGACAACUUCUUCGACGGCCUGCAAGUCGUGUUCGGAACCAUGCUGGUGUGGAGCGAGCUCAUCACCCCCCACGCCAUCCGGGUGCAGACCCCGCCACGGCACAUUCCUGGAGUCGUUGAAGUCACCCUGUCCUACAAAUCCAAGCAGUUCUGUAAAGGUGCUCCUGGGCGGUUUGUCUACACCGCCCUUAAUGAACCAACCAUAGAUUACGGCUUUCAGAGGUUGCAGAAAGUGAUCCCAAGACAUCCGGGUGAUCCCGAAAGGUUACCCAAGGAAGUUUUACUCAAGAGGGCAGCCGAUCUGGUGGAAGCCUUAUACGGGAUGCCCCACAACAACCAGGAGAUCAUCCUGAAGCGAGCAGCUGACAUUGCCGAGGCGUUGUACAGCGUGCCCCGCAACCACAACCAGAUACCCACCCUGGGCAACACCCCCGCGCACACGGGCAUGAUGGGCGUGAACUCCUUCAGCAGCCAGCUAGCCGUCAACGUGUCAGAGACUUCACAAGCCAAUGACCAAGUCGGCUACAGUCGCAAUACAAGCAGCGUGUCCCCGCGAGGCUACGUCCCCAGCAGUACUCCCCAGCAGUCCAAUUACAACACAGUCAGCACUAGCAUGAAUGGAUAUGGAAGUGGCGCCAUGGCCAAUCUAGGGGUCCCUGGCUCGCCUGGAUUUCUUAAUGGCUCCUCCGCUAACUCUCCCUACGGCAUAGUGCCGUCCAGCCCCACCAUGGCAGCCUCUUCGGUCACCCUCCCUUCAAACUGUAGCGGCACCCACAGCAUUUUCUCAUUCUCACCUGCCAAUGUCAUCUCUGCAGUGAAACAAAAGAGCGCCUUCGCGCCCGUGGUCCGGCCCCAAGCUUCUCCUCCUCCCUCCUGCACCAGCGCCAACGGGAACGGACUCCAAGGCUCUCUGCUGGGUGCUGAGGACGUUACCGUGGAGAAGACAAACUGGCCCUUUUGUGAAGUCGGUGGCAUAUUUCACUUUGAUGAACUAAUGCUCAAAAAAGGAACUGGAAAGCUAUGUCUGGGCUGGUAGUCCCGCCGAUGUGAGGGCCUCGCGUUCCCUCGCGCAGCGCCCAGGACGGACUUCAGGGGACACGUUUCGUACGUAAGCGCGGCUGCUGGAGCCAGUCCGCAAACGCAUCGGCCGCGGCGGAGACGCUACAAGAGACUUUGUUUAAAGAUUUUAUUUAAACUAUUAAGAAUCAACAUGCAAACAGCCUACUUCUUCAUGAACAAUUCCAUUUUAUUGACUGAACUUUUCUCAUAUUUUCACAUUUCUCAGUCCUGAAGACUAAGGAAAACAAAGCGACGCCUAUUUUGUAUAAAGUUUCUGACUCCGUCUUGGCUCUGUCUAGUACUUGCUAUGUGUUGGGAGAAACUCUGUGAAUGCACCAUUUUGAUUAUCAUGAAACACUGAUGAAAAAUGCCUCCAAACAUUUUUCUGUGCUCAUACUUAGAUUCACAAUGGUUGUGUAUCUCUAUAAUGUGAAAUAUUUUUUUGUGGUGAAAAAAGGGGCCAAGGAGGUGUGAGCCAUCGAACUGGAAGAAAGGAGGACUCCGUGACUAGGAGCAUUCGGGGUGGCAGGGAGGGAGGGAGGGUUUAUCAUUGCUUAACUUCAUCUUAAUGAAAUGAAACUUUGUAACUUAUUGUAGUUAGAAAUUGUAACUUUGAUAUUGAAUUCUCUUGCCUUCAACAAGCACACUGACAGAAAAAAAAAAUGCUACUGUCUGUUGGUUAAAAUAUUCUCCCA